AUGGACCAGCAGGCCCAGACUCUGCUGUUGACGCUCAAACGCUCAUCUGCUGCCUCGGACGCGAAACUUACCCAGCUGAACAAUCUCAAGUCAGACAUCAAGCACCACCGAGUGCCCGACAGCGCGCAACCCAUUAUCUUUGAAUGUCUCCGAGUCGCCUUGACUCAACAAGCCUCGAGCACCCUCGCCACUGCUGCAUUUACAACGCUGGGUCAUCUUCUUAAGCGCCUGAAGAUCCAGGACCCUGAUGGCUCUGCCAUUGUCCAACACGCUCCUAAACUCUUUCCCGCCCUACAAGAAAGACUAGGCGACCUUCGCGAGAACCACCGCAAUGCCGCAUCACAAGCCUUUGCUGACGCCUGGCACUUUUGUGCUCACGACGUCGAGCACAUCAUCCGCGACGAAGUUAUCCCCGGCGCGAACGUGCGAGCAAAGGAUACAGCCAUGCACUGGGUUGUGCGCAUGAAUCGUGAAGAAGCCUUACCUUUCAAGAGUUUCGUACCUUUGAUGGUCGCAAAUCUGGAGGACCAUGACGGCGCAGUUCGCGAUUCGGCAAAGAGUGCUCUGGUUGAUCUUUUCCGAAAUGCGCCAGACCGCGCAAAAGCCGAUCUCAAGAGACAAUUGAACCUGCAUGGUGUUCGCACAGGCAUCGCAUCUCAGAUCCUCACUCAGAUCGAUUCAGACAAAGCAUCGGCGCCCGCAAUAGACAUGUCGCAGUCCACUCGUUCCCUCCCCGCCAUCGAUCCCCAUCUCGCCGAGAGCAUCAACAGCGAGGCCGCUCGCCCGCCACCACCUGAGGAGGUUCCAAUGGACCCCAUCUUCGUUCAUUCGCAGAGGGAGCUCGAGGAUACUUUCAGUGACAUGGUUCCCCAUUUCGAAGGUAGGGAGAGUGAAGAGAACUGGGGAAAUCGCGACAAGAGCGUUACCAAGAUGAGGCGGCUCUUGAAGGGAAACGCACCCACCGACUACCACACUCUCUUCAUGUCCUCAAUAAAGCACAUGCAAGCCGGUAUUAUCAAAGUUGCCAAUUCUUUGAGAACAACGACUUCUACCAACGCAUGUUAUCUGGUCCAAGAAUUGGCCAGAACUCUGGGUCCAGCCCUCGAUUCAAUGGUCGAGAUCUACCUGCAGACAUUUGUAAAGAUGUGUGCAGCUACCAAGCAUAUUGCUGCUCAAAACGGUAACCAGACGGUCGACACUAUCUAUCAAUACGUUUCGUACAACAUUCGUACUAUGCAACAUGUCUGGAUUGCCUGUCAGGACAAGAACGUUCAACCGAGAACUUUUGCCUCGGGCUGGCUGCGUACAAUCCUCAGCAGACAAGUGGGGGCAAAGUCUCAUUUCGAGAGCACCGGAGGCCUCGAGCUCGCCGAAAAGUGUGUGAAACAUGGUCUCAACGAUUCGCAGCCCAAGGUUAAAGAGGCCAUGAGAGCUACUUACUGGGCCCUAGCCAAGAUCUGGCCUAACAGAGCCGAGCUUAUCAUGAACACUCUCGACCCAAAGGCAAAGAUUGCCCUCGAGAAACAUUCUCUCAAUCCCAAUGCGUCUACUUCUAGUGCUUCUACUCUUCGCACUUCUACAGCAAGCAGAGCAGGUGCAGCAUCAAAAUCUUCCGUCAGAGAUGCCAUCAUGGCAGCGCGCAAGAAGGCUCAGGCUGAGAGUCGUCCAAACUCUGCGAUGGCCUCUGUUUCGCCUGCCACUGUAAGAUCAAAGUCAUCAAACAACCUUUCUGCUCGCCAACCGUCUGCUGGACCGCCUGCUUCUGCUCGUGUUCCCUCAACCGCCUCGACUUCGUCGUCCACUUCAACCAGUGCAAGACCCAACGCUUUGAUGUCCGGAGCUGCAAGGCGGCCUGUCAGACGCCCUGAGAUCGCUCGUCCAGCCACAGCAGACCCCUAUGCGAGCCGCAGACUUGCUCGACCAGAGACACCUUCUAUCAAGAGUCCCGUCACCAGUCCCCGACAAGAAGUUGCAUCUACCUCCGUUGGCACAUCUGCAAGCAAAUCCCGCACUGAUAGGGGUAGUCCAGCGUUGAGUCCACCAACCUUGAAUGGCUCGGCAUCUGUAGACAGUGUGAUACCUGUGAUCGCUGACGACACCUUUAGUAUGGAGUUGCCAACCGUACACAGAUCACAUGUGCCCGUCUUCGAGCGUCGUGCUUCGCAUCUGUCGACCGUCGAUGCUACAACAGAUACUCAACCAUCAGAGCCACAGCACACACGGCGCGCAUCUGAUAGAAAUGACUCGCCAGUCACGAUCAGCCACCAGCCCAGUCCUCACCGUGAAUCUGCUUCACCCCAGGCUGAAGAAGCCGCUUUCCAAAUUCAUGAAGACCCGUUCAUGGAGGGCAUAGAAGCGUCAGAGGCUCAAAAGACUCAGCAGUCGCAAGAUGCUCGCAGUGUGUUGGGGGAAGUUCCUGUCAAUGAAUUCAGCCAAGUUGCGACCGCCGAAAGCUCCAACCGUGAGGAGAUGCCUAGAACAGAAGACUCACCGCCACAGAGCCCGCAAACCAAGUCCGAGACCCUGCGCUCUAGGAAGCUGCUCAUGUCAGGCAUUGAACGCAUCCGAGGACGUACACUUGAUGCACAUGGCUUCCGGAAGGUGCUUGAGUUGAUAAAAUCAUCAGAGUCUGGCGAGAUCUUUGGCUCAGUGGGUGAAGGCAGACGUUUUGAUGACUUGUGCAGUGUUCUCCUCGAAUACAUCGUCGAAUCUUCGGAUGCUGCAGGAAACCCUGCUGUGCGACACUCGCAAGAGCUUCGAAGACAGGCUACCAGUGUGAUGAGAACAGUGCUCAAUGCGCAGCAACCGCCUUAUAGGAAGUGGAUCGCCUCGGGACGGUGGUAUCCUCGUGCUCUUACUGGAGCCCUCGACGCACGUAAGAAUGUUGAGGGUUCAGGACUGUUAGUCAAGGAUCUUGAAGCACUAGCCAGCGACAUUGUAGCCAGAGUCCACCCGGACGAGGGCGAGAAGGCGAUAAUUGAGUGGCUCGAGCAUUGUAGCAUGGUGCGCAAGAACAAGGCAGUGGCACUCGCGCUCCGCAAUCUGGCUGCUCUGAUUGCAUCCACUACAAUCACUGCCUCUCCGCUGUCGAGAGACUUGGGCGAACGCGCUGGUCGUCUUGCUGUCGUCUCCUUGCGCUCCAAGGAUGCAGAGGUGCGCAAGUCAUCCGUCGAGCUGGCCACACAACUGCACGUGAGUUGGCCAUCAGACGCCGAAUCUCAAGGCGAUGCAAAAAGCGAAUUCUGGAGUAUGUUGGAUAAGAACGGCCUUCAAGAAAGCGCGCGCAACUUGAUCGUCUACUUCAUUGCUCGCAGGGAGAGGAGCAAUUGA